UUAAGAACGCGUCGUGCGGAUCGUUUGUGAAGCCGCGUGUACUUAACUCCGUUCGAUGUGCAUUUAAAACGGUGCUUGACGUGACGCGUAGCAACUUGCUUCUUGCAUGAAGCAUAGAACGCCGUGAAGCAAGGAACUGCACCGUGCGGUAACAAGUGCGACACGACGAUGGUGUGACUAAGUGGAAAGUGAAAGAACUAAGGUGCAAAUGGAUUGGCGAUUGUACGCUGCGUUCUGCCGCCCGAGAAGCAUUAUGAUGUUAAUCGGCGAAAGUGGCUCAAACCGACGACGGUGGCGAACGAAAGGGAAGUCGUCAGACGGUUUGUGGCCCAAUGGUAACCGCGGCUGGUUGUUUACGGCGAUCCUGCUAGUGACUUGCCUUACCCAUCCGAUCGUCUGCAGUAGGGGGCGUGAGUUGCACUUGCAGGACUACACUAUCCUAUCGCGAACGGUGGGCAGUCCUUUCGAGGUGGAACCCGAUUCGUCCACCACAAACGUUCCGAACUCACCAACCGACGACACAGCCACCGGCCGGUUGAAACUGUCCGAACUGGUGACGCAAAGUGAUGUGAUAUUCAAAGCAUUUGCUGGCCACGGGAACGAUCUGCGGGAGGCGGCACUCAACUUCUCGUGGCUGGCAACACCGGCCGCGCACCGUCAGCAGCAUCAUCAUCAGCCGCGCUGGAAACCGCAACCGGGCGCGAAUCACGACGACGGUGACGGAGAUUUUAUCGUACGACUCGAGCCCGGCAUCGUCUACAAAGGAAGUGAACUUUUCAAACAGUUGCAGCUGAACAGCUGGAAGCACUAUUUCAUCCUCUGGAGCAAUGGCAGCGUACAGUACACGCAUCGUGAUGUGCCGAGUUCAAUGCCAACCGCAUCGACCGAUGACACCGCUCGGGCAGACGAAACGACACCCGAUGCAUCUUCAUCCGGUGAUUUCCAUCGACGCAAUGCACCAUCCGGCUCGAAGCCUUCCAACUGUAAAGAAGGGCAACUCUGUCAACGUUUGGUAGAAAGUACGCAGUCAGCUGUUACAGAACUCAAUCUCGAUGACUCAUCGCUCGAGCAGGAGCUGCAACCAACGAAAGCAACAAUCAUCACCGAUGACGGUUCAAUCGAUGCUGCCGCUGUACGCAACCUUCACACUGACCGCAGCGCUCCGACGGCAUCCUCCAACGUUCACCACAGCCGAAAAUCCUUGGCCGACGGAGAACGUGUCAAUUUGCAGCGUGGCGCUAGCAGCAACAAGAGCUCGCAACAAGAGGAAGAACAGACCGUGCCUAACGCGAUGGAAAAGGAUCUCGACAGCGAGGGUCAGAUUAGCCGCACGCUCAGCAAGAUACUGCCUGUUACAAUGAUCGUAUUCGGACGGCUAGCCGUGGGUGGUGGUGGUGGUGGUGGGGCGACUCCCGAUAGGCUGCUGCGAGUCGACCCGUACGUGGGACUGUUGCGGUGGGACGAGCAGCUCGAGGAUGCCCUGUGGCAAGCGCUUGGCUGGAGCGAAUGGAGUGACUACACUGGCUGCAGUGUGACGUGUGGCGGUGGCGUACAACAACGGUUUCGACAUUGUUUACAGUCUGUGCCGUCGGAUCGUGUAGUGGCGCGUACCCGUCCCAAAAGCAACCCCAUCCUGCAAACACCAACGGUAGCUUCCACGCGACAAGGGCGCAAUAUUUUGAACGGUGAAAUUGAAAUCCCCACCACCGCAACCACCUUCGUACGUACGCAGCCAGUUACGUGGGAUGAGCUACCAGGCGUCUCCAUUGCACCGUCGCUCGGUGACGAUGAUGAUGUUGGGCGAAGCAAAUCGAAAAGAAAACUCAUAUCAAAACAAAUGGCGAACGGUGGAGGGCGAUGGCAAAUGAAGUUCCCGGGAAAGGUUAAUGAAAGAAGCGCAAUGAAACCUUCGGGGGAAGCAGAGUCCCAGCGGACACCCACGGUGCCACCAGGAGAUGGAGCCGAACCACGGUGGGUUAUGGAGGAACCUGCUGAGACAACGCAUCAUAAUCGACCCGCUGAUGAGGCUGCCGAUGAAGGCACGUGGCGUGUCUGCGAGGGACACAAUAUCGAGCAGCGGAACUGCAACAUGUUCGAGUGCACCGGCACAAUCAAUUUGCUGGCUGCACUAGCACCGACCAACCACUGGAGGACCUGGGACAACAGCAUCGACGAUCGGAUCAACUAUCAGAUCAAUCAGCUGGAUCAAAAUUUCACCCUCAUGAUGAGUUUGCGGCUGAGGCCGGCCCCCCAGUAUGGUGGUCACCCCGAGCAGCAUGCAGCGGACGAUGACAGCCGACGGUCGGAUCCUUCGCUCACGGCCCACCCAACCGCCACCAGUGGUCACAUUUUUUCCAUCCGCUCGAAGCUAACGACCGGCUCGAGCUUGUCGAUAAAUUUCGAAACCGAUGGCCACGGUGGGAUGCGGGUGCUGCAGGAAAAGUACGGCCUCUCGGAGAUGCUACCGGUGCGAUCGAGCAAACUCACACUCCGCGACGACGGUGAUUGGCAUACGCUAGCGCUAAGCGCCCGGUACGGUGGCUUCGUCACGGUGUACAUCGACUGCCAGUGGAGCAAUUCGUUCGUGCUGACGAAGGGUUCGAUCGAGCUGCCCCAGUACCCGAUCGUGGAGGUUGGCCGGAAUGUUGAACUGCGCCAGCUGAUGGUGGUACCUGGCGAAAAGUCGGCCCAACUUCAAUGCAACCCACAGCCGGUCCCGAUACACGAUACGGAAAACCGACGGGUGACGAAUUACUUCGAGCAUCGCAACCUGCCUACCGGAUUGAAUCGGAUCGGCCAGCCGGGAGGAAAUGGGAUUUAAAGCGCGCAGACAAGUGGCACUGCAAUGGUGCAAUGGCCAACCCAAACACACCAAACGUCCAAAUGCUCCUGUGUAAAGUAAACACACAGUACGGGAGCCUCAUCGAUUCAUCACCACCGCCCCUCCACGGUUGCCGUUGGGGUUGUUUACACUCGGGACAAGCGAAACCAUCGCCACGUCACGUGGUAAGAUUGUUUCGAUUCGAUUGAUGUAUUUUCACCCUAUCGCAAUAGCUGAAAGCUUACGAGGCGGCCUCUUUUGCCAGCAAAGAUACAAAAAAGAAGGGUAUAAUGAGAAGGGGAUUGUAAGAGGGGGGAAGGGCAGGAAAAAAACCAACCACAAAACGGGAACGGAAUACAAUAAAUAAAGGUUAAUCAAGAUCGAUUGUACAAAAUGUGCUAGAAUGCUGGAGCGCGCGCUUGUGUUAUGCUUGGGAGACUUAGCAAAGGUAUGUAUUACUACUCUUUGUCAUGUCGCUUGUUAAGAUUUUUAUACUAUUCAGUGAAGAUCGAGCAGCUAAUCUCUUUCAAAAGGCAUCAAUGUAUACCAAAUACGUACAUCUCGACGGAAUAAUCAGCACAAGGUGCAACACCAUC